GGACGGUGGUGCGAGUCCGCAGGAAGGCAGCGGACUUGACGCUGUUAUGGCCAGAUGCUGUGGUCCCUUAUACCUUCCUGGCCCCUGAGCCUGAGAGAGGGGUCGUGUUGAAGGGUGUACAACACUGGGAGCAACACACCUGCCUCAGGUUUCUUCCCGUCAACGACACACAACUGCCACACCUGCAGUUCCGCAAGCUGGCCGGAUGCCGCAGUGGGGUCGGCAUCGAGGCCGCCAGUGGCCAGAACAUCUCCAUCGGCGACAACUGUAAUAAGGUGGGCAUCGUGGUUCACGAGAUUGGGCAUGCCAUUGGUUUCUACCACGAGAUACGUCGUCCUGACCGGGACGACCACGUUGUCGUUAACGAGAACAACAUCCUCAAGAACGAACUCUUCAACUUCUACAAGCUUCACUGGCUCGAUGUCUCCAUCAAGUACGACCUGUCCUCCGUCAUGCACUACCACACACUGGAGUGGACUGCUAACGAGCGGACGACGGUGGCUACGCGCGACCCGACGUUGCAAGGACUGAUAGGACUGUGGAAGCAGGAGUCGAGCCGAGGUCUCUCCCACAGAGACAAACUCCUGGCCAACACAGUCUAUGGCUGCCUUGAUCAGUGGCUGGCCCAGUGUAACCUGAACCGCAACCCGUGUGAGAACGAGGGUUACCUGGACCAGGCGUGUACCUGUGUGUGUCCUCCUGGUACCACCGGACGUACCUGCCAGAUCAUCACUGGAGGUUAUUAUGAUCACUUGAAGUCACCUUGCAGUCAGGAUGUCACCUACCCCACCAUCCUUACCUCACCUGAUUACCCCAACAACUACGACCCAGACACAUGGUGCGUGUACCGUCUGGAGGCACCAGAGUGCCAGGCACCACAGGUGGAGGUGCUGGACUUCCAGCUGGGUCCUCGGGACAUGAGGGACCAGUGCUACCACGACUAUCUGGAGAUACGGAACGACUCCCUCUACGAUGGUUUUCUGAAGUGUGGUACAGACGUGACACUUGGCACUCGCUGGACCUCCUCCUCCAGGACUAUGAUUCUGUACUUCAAGGGAGCUGAGGGAGGUUACCGAGGGUUCAAGGUGGAGGUGAGGUUCACCUCCAUCCCUGGAUGCUGCACUACCUCCUCCAACACCUCCUCCAUCAUCUACCUCCACACUCCAGGCUACCCUAGGCCUUACACUCAAGAUUUUUACUGCAAGUUUAGCCUUCCUGCGGAGGCGCCUGCCAAGGUGGUGGUAAAGGUGGACAGCAAGGGCGGCGCCCACACCGCCCAUCCAUGGACCUGCACUCUAAAACUCUGCCAGCCCAAUGGCAAGUGUCGCAGGUACUGUGGAGGUGUAGGUGCUAAGGUGUUGCGGGGUGCAAGGGGUCAGCAACAGCAGCAGGUGAAGGUGGUGCUACCUAACACAGCCUCCAUGCACCACCUGUCGUACAAAGAACAGACCUCGUUCUUCGACUUGGAGAACGCUGCCUACCAGAUCUCCUUCACCUUGCAGGAGUCUCCCUGCCACAAGAUUCUUAUAGUGAAUCGUUCAGACCCACGAGGAUGGGUCAGUGUGGGUCCUAGCUUAUCCAAGGUGCUCCAAUGUGAAUGGUGGAUCCAGGCGCCCAGGGGAAGCCACGUCAAGGUGAGUGUCGAGGCACUUCACCUGGAAGGGGAAGAGGACAGCACCUACCUGGUGGUGAACGAGGCAGGGGGAGGCACCUACGAGGCACCUACGUCCAGGGUGUACGACCUGUACCACCACAACACUCCACCACACUUCGUUUCUCUGCAACACAAGAUGUCCUUGGUUCUCCAGGGAACUGCAAGGACCACCUUCACCUUCAAGUACGACCUGUGUAUGUAUCUCCUUCACCUUCAGUAACGACCUGUGUAUGUUUCUCCUUCACCUUCAGUUACGACC